CCGCGAGCGAGUGUCCGGCCGGCAUGGCGCUCUUCCAUGUAGCGCGGUACCGGGGCACCGAGCGGGCCGGGCCGGAGACCGCGGCGGCGGAGGUGGGAGCGGAGUCCCGGGCCCGCACGCUGCUGGAGCGGCUGCAGAGCCGGGCCCGAGAGCGGCAGCAGCAGCGGCGGCAGCAAGAGGAGCAACAGCAGCAGCAGGAGCAGCAGCGAGAGUCCGAGCAGGCCGCGGAGCCGGCGGGGAGGCGGCGGCGGCGGCCACGCCGGUCUCGGGGGCGCGUGAGCAGCCAGGCGAGCCCGCAGGAGCCGGCCAGCAAGCGGCGGAAGGAGGACGGCGGGCCCGGGACUGACGCGGUAGACGGUGUAGCAGCCACAGCCACAGCCGCAGCGGCUCGGCCCCCCGAUGAGCCCCCCGAGACCCCCGCGCCCGCUCCCCUGCUCGGGGACUUCCGGAGGAUCAAGACCCCGAAGGUGCAGCCGUUUCUGCCAACCUGGCUGAGUGAGCCCAGCUGCGUGGGGAGGAGCGUCACGGAGCACCUCGUGCCCCUGGAGGCCCUCCCUGAAGUCCACCCCGAGCUGCAGAGGAAGCUUCGUGACCAAGGCAUCUCGGCCUACUUCCCAGUCCAAGCAACGGUGAUCCCUACCCUCCUGCACAGCGUGGCCAACGGGUUUCUGGUGGGCCGCGGUGGCUUCCGGCCCAGCGAUCUAUGUGUGUCGGCGCCCACAGGCAGCGGAAAGACACUAGCUUUUGUCAUCCCCGUGGUGCAGGCACUGCUUAGCCGGGUUGUGUGCCGCAUUCGUGCCCUGGUGGUGCUGCCCACCAAGGAGCUGGCACAGCAGGUGAGCAAAGUCUUCAACAUCUAUACAGAUGCCACCCCACUGCGGGUGGCCCUGGUCACGGGCCAGAGGGCGCUGGCCAAGGAGCAGGAGAGCCUGGUUCAGAAAACAGUUGACGGCUUCCGCUGCCUGGCUGACAUUGUGGUGGCUACCCCUGGUCGCUUGGUGGACCACAUCGACCAGACCCCAGGCUUCAGCCUCCAGCACCUCCGUUUCCUGGUCAUCGAUGAAGCGGACCGGAUGAUGGACAGCAUGCAUCAGUCCUGGCUGCCGAGGGUGGUGGCAGCUGCCUUCCCAAGUGGGGGCUCUGCAGACACACUGGGUCUGGUGCAGCGUAAGCAGUCUCAGGCCCUGACUGCUGCCAGCACUUGUCAACCCCAGAUGCCAUUGCAGAAACUGCUUUUCUCCGCCACUCUGACCCAGAAUCCAGAAAAGCUGCAGCAACUUGAUCUCUACCAUCCUCGGCUCUUCUCGGCGGGGCUGGUGCACAGUGACCCCAAAGACCCUAAUGGGGAUGGGGACCAAGGGGGGAAGUAUGCCUUCCCCGCAGGCCUGACGCAUCAUUAUGUGUCCUGCAGGUUGCGCUUCAAGCCUCUGGUUCUGCUGCACCUGCUUCGGAGCUGGGACCUCUCCAGGGUGCUCUGUUUCACCAAUUCCCGAGAGAACGCCCACCGGCUCUUCCUGCUUAUCCAAUCUUUUGGGGGGACAACGGUGGCUGAGUUCUCUUCCCGUUACGGGCCUGGCCAGAGGAGAACCAUCCUGAAACAGUUUGAACAGGGCAAGAUCCAGCUACUCAUCAGCACUGAUGCUACAGCCCGUGGCAUCGAUGUGGAGGGGGUGCAGAUGGUGGUCAACUACGAUGCCCCUCAGUACUUGCGGACCUACGUGCACCGGGUGGGGAGAACAGCUCGCGCGGGCAAGAGAGGCCAGGCCUUCACGCUGCUACUCAGAGUGCAGGAGAGGAAGUUCCUUCGGAUGUUGGCUGAGGCUGGGCUGCCCCAGCUGCAGCGGCACGAGACCUCAACUAAUGACCUGCAGUUACUGGUCCCACAAUAUGAAGAAGCUCUGGCACAGCUGGAGUUGGCUGUCAAGGAAGAGCGAGCCCAGAAGGCGGCUUAGGCAGCACUUCGGGGGACAGCUAAGGGGGCACAGCAGACCCUCUGAGUCCUGAGACUCCCUCCUGCUGUUGGGCUGGAGAAAGGCCUCGGGUUGGGAAC